CUGACCCAGAGCCAUAACAUCAAAACACGACGGACUGGAGUAAGUCAUUAGUAGAAACCUAAAUCUGGAUACAUCUUUAGGAAGACAGAAAAAAACGACAAGUUGGAUUGAACACUAUUGCUGUAACACAGCUAAAAACGACCGAGGUUGUUUUGUUUUUGUUUUUUAGCUCGCUGAGUUAGCCUGUUUGCUAACGAGAUUCUUUCACAGCUGGUUUUGGUUGAUUGCUCAAUCUAGUCUAAAAAAAAAAGAAAAAAGAGGUUUCACCAUGGGUUCCCGGGCGUCCACGUUACUCCGAGAAGAGGAAAUAGAAGAAAUAAAGAAGGAGACUGGCUUCUCCCACAGUCAGAUCACCCGCCUGUACAGUCGCUUCACCAGUCUGGAUAAAGGAGAAAACGGCACCCUCAGUCGAGAAGAUUUCCAGAGGAUCCCGGAGUUGGCUAUCAAUCCUCUGGGAGACAGAAUCAUCAAUGCUUUCUUCCCUGAAGGGGAGGACCAAGUAAACUUCAGGGGUUUCAUGCGGACCUUGGCUCACUUCAGACCGAUCGAGGACAACGAGAAGAGCAAGAACUCAGCCGCCAGCGAGCCACUCAACAGCCGGACAAACAAGCUUCUAUUUGCUUUUCGUCUGUAUGACCUGGACAGGGAUGACAAAAUCUCACGGGAUGAGCUGCUCCAGGUCUUACGGAUGAUGGUUGGUGUAAACAUUUCAGAUGAACAGCUAGGCAGCAUUGCUGAUAGGACCAUCCAGGAGGCCGACACUAACGGAGAUAACUCCAUUUCCUUCAAUGAAUUCAUCAAGGUUUUGGAGAAGGUGGAUGUGGAACAGAAAAUGAGCAUCCGGUUCCUGCACUAAGUUAUUAUUAUUAUUAUCAUUAUUAUUAUUGUUUUUUUUAAGUAAAGCUUCAACAUUUCAGUUGAUGUCAGGACACAAUCCCAUCCAGCUUUCCAGCAGGCUGCUGUGGCCCACACCUCUAGUAAACACUCUCAGACCAAGCAUUAGGUAGAUGGUAUCGUAGAUCUUGCAUUUCUGCCUUUGCACCGCUCUGUAAACAAAGGGAAAAGUUGUGUGCCUUGGGUUGUUUUAUGCAAUGUUGCUAUGUAUUUCUUUUUCCCAGUAAUGGAACAUUAUUUAUUAGAAACCUUUUAGAGGGUCACAGUUCGUACCACUGCUGUCCCACUUUAACAUGAAAACUGAUUUUAUAGCACUGUACCAUAAAAGCUUUUUGCUAUUGCAGUGAGUAAGUUUAUCAUAAGUUUACUCGUGCUGUUCAAUGGAAUAUUUAGCAUGUGCGGCAUCCUUGUCCGUAGAAAUAUGCAACGGUUCAAAGCGAAACUUGUAACGUGUGACUCCACUUAAAAACAGGCAGUGUUUUUAAUGCUAACAGGAUCUUAUGACUCCUUCCCUAUGACUUGUGGCAGAGCAAGUCUGACCAGCCAGCUAUAAGUGUGUCCCUCGAAGCAAAGCAGGACCUGCUCCACUGAUACUUUAUGUUUAACUCACUGAAGUGCCAUGACUUUGGUUCCCACUUGUAAAUUAAUAUCUCAAUGGUUAACUGGAACCUAUGGCCAUGUUUGACUGUUUUGUUUUCUUGUGGCUUAAGCCAGCUACUGCCAAUAGAUUGUAAUAACCUGUUUCGAUUGUUGGACUUCCACCAAAGCGAUUUUGACUAUCCUUCAAAAGCCAGUCACCACCUGGGGCCUGUUGGAGCCACUGCUGAUUCAGCAUGUUAAUAAUGUGAUAUAUAAGAGAAUUAUUUUAAUUUACAACUAAUAAACGGUGGCAACACUUUGGAUAGUGGAUAGUGCGUCUUCCUUAGCGGCUGCUCUGAUAACAUAGUGCAUUUGUAAAAUUGCAUCACAAGGAUUUAGCUGCCACCGCGGCCUACUUGGCAAAAAACCCAUGAUUGAGACUUUAUAAAGCUCUGCCUAACAGUGUCAGGUCCUGUGGUGGAAAUCAGGCCUUGGACCAGUUAGUUUGCAGAUUUAGAAACAGGUAAACUAAGAUAACCUGCUAUGCUUCUCUUUGAAUGAUCAAUGUCACAGUGGCUAAAAAAAAAGUGUCUGUCUGUUUGAAACAUGUCUUGCAAUUUUCUUCCCCAUCGAGCUAAUCCCAGACACUAAACUUGAUUAAAUACAUUAAAAAUAUAUUUUCUGUACAGGCUCGUGUACAUGAACUGGAGUGUAGAUGUAUGAUCCAUUUUAAUCUUUAAUGUGAGUUUGUUAAAUCAUUAUGAGAACACCCUCCAGCGGCUCAGUGCAGGAAGUACAAUGUGACCAUUUUAUUAAUCAUUAUGUGAUUAUCAAUCAGAUGAUUCACAUGUUAUGUGAUGUCGGUCUUAUAGGUAUUAUUAAAGUGAUUCAUGAAUUUGAUUUGAAUAAAGUAA